AUGUUGCGCACGCUGAGCCGUCCGGGCGUGAAGCACGUCCUGUCCACGCCAAGCCUGCGGGCACAUGCAUCGGCGAUGGAGUCUGUGCCUCCGAUCCACACGCGCUCGCUCGUGUCGACCGUGCUGCUCACGGCCGACGGGUACGAGAGCAAGCAGGUCGUGGAGCUGCGCGCGCUCCUGCGCCAGCGCGGCCUCACCACCUCGGGCCGCAAGGCCGAGCUUGUGCAGCGCCUGAAGCAGAGCGACAUGAAGCGCGCGGGCUCGACGCUCGCGGUCGCCUCGCCGGGCGCGCCCAAGGCCCCCCGCAAGCCGCGCGCGAGGCGCGGCGCGGACGCCGCCGCCGCCGCCGCCGAGUCGAACCCGUCUCCGUCGCUGGAGGCCGGCACCGUCGUCAGCCCCAACACCGGCGCGGAUGGGGCCAUCGGUGCCUCGUCGCCGAACGCGGACGCGCCCGAGCCCAGCGGCGGCAGCGCGCCGGGCCGCCCGGUCGACGCGGCGCCCCAGGCAGAGAACACGUUCCAGGUGGUCUUGCCGUUUGAAGAGGCGCCCAAGCCGGCGCCGCAGUACAUCCCGAGCAUCCGCAUGUUCGAGGCGCCGACGCGCGACUUUAGCGACUCGUUCAAGCCGGACUGGCAUGUGCCGCACGUACCGCGCGUGCAUGCGAUGGGCCACGAGCCCGACCUGUCGCACAAUGCGAGCCUCUCGGUGUCGGAGCGCGAGAAUGCGCCGGCGCCGCGCAAGAAUGCGCUGCUGGAGAUGGCCGAGGACGUGCUCCCGACGAGCGUGCACCGCGCCCUGAGCGAGCGUGCGAGCGCGCUGCAGGCGUCCGCGCAGGGCACGCUCUCGAGCCUCGUGAGCGACUACGCCCGGGCGCUGCCCGUGGACGAGUCGGUGCGGUCGUCGCCGUCGCACGCGCGCCCGUCGUCGCGCCGCCCGCUGAACGCGCAGGAGCGCUCGGGCGCCUAUGUGCUGGGCGGCAUCGUGCUGACGGGCUUUGCGCUCGGCGGCCUGGGCGUCGCGCGCGAGCGGUCCGAGGAGGCGCCGGCCGCGCGCGUAUACGAGCCGCCGCACUACCUGCGGGGAGGCGGCGUGGUCGGCGCUGGGCAGCGCAAGGUGUAA